AUGAUCUCCCCUCUGAAGCCAAUAUUGGGGACCUCCUUGUACGAAACCAGACGCUACUUGGUAGAAAAAACUGAUAAGAGAAGAGAGUCCUUGAUGUCCUUCAUGCUAGAAAAUGACUUUGUUCUACUGAAUGGAAGAAGGAGGUCGGAUACCCCGGCCAAAUUCACCAGCAAUAGAACCGCCAACACGUUUGAUCUCGUAUGGGCCAGUCUGGACAUAACUGAGUUAGUUCUUGAUUCUCAAGUGACUUCGGAGCUGCUGGGAUCAAAUCAUCUCCCUGUUUCUUCCAUAUUAGCUGAUCACGUGGUGAGAUUGCUGCCUGCUACUCCUGAUGCACCUGGCUCACCCUCCUCUAGGCCUACAACAGCUCCUUUGGCUUCGGAGCUAUCUCUGCUCUGGAAGCAUCCACUCCAGAAAGAUUAUGUAGCCCUUCUUGAGAAAUCUCCGAGGCUCCAGGUAACGGCAUCGGUACACUCUAUUGAUCAGCUGAAUGUUAAUCUGUUAGCAGGUAUCCGGGAAGUGGCUUUGAAUCUGGCUAUGUCCAAAUCAAUCAGUCGGAGUGGAAACCGUCGCAACACCCAUCCUAAACCUCCCUGGUUCGAUUCUGAGCUUCACAACAUCAUACCAGAGGACCAGGCUGGUUUUCGCCAGAAGAGGGGUGCUAUGGAUAAUAUUUUCAUCCUUACAUCUAUAGUCCACAAUAGACUUCGUCUACCUGGGGGCAGAGUCUACUCGCUUUUCGUUGAUUUUCGAAGAGCGUUCGACUCUGUCCCUCAUCACCUGCUGUGGCAAAAACUCCUGAAGCUGGGACUAAGCUCGAAGGUCAUUAGGGUCGUCAAAAAUCUCUACGACCGUGCCACUAUCCGAAUCAGAACAUCUGAAGGGUAUACUGAGGACUUCAAUGUGAGCGAGGGCGUUCUGCGGGGUGAAAAAAUGAGUCCACUCCUCUUCAAUUUAUAUCUAGCGGACAUCGAGAACUUUUUUCGUGUCAAGGGUGCUCGAGGAGUGGACAUCGAUGGGCGUAAGGAUGUCAUUCUGCUGCUUUACGCUGAUGAUCUCAUUAUCCUAGCAUUUAGCUCUAUUGAUCUCAAACUCAAGCUGAGAAUCCUUGAAGAGUACUGCUCUGACAAUGGCCUGACAAUCAAUAUUGGAAAAACCAAGGUGAUGAUAUUCAGAAAAGGAGGACGACUACCCUCAGCAAACCACGCAUUCCAGCUCAACGGGAAUCCCGUUGAAAUAGUUACUGAAUAUACAUAUCUCGGAGUGAAGUUUACUUCAACAGCCACUGGCCGAGCUGCGUCUGCUGCUGCUGCCUCAAGAUCCCGCGUUGCUUCUUCUGCAGUACUACGACUUCUUUCGUCCAUUGGGGCUGACUCUUGGGAAGGCACGAAGAGGUUGCAUUCUAGCAUUGUCACCUCCACUUUGCUCUAUCCUUCAUCCCUAUGGGCUCUACGACAUCUUCCAGUCCUCGAAGCUGCUCACCUGAGCUUCUUUAAAAGGCUCUUCAAUCUCCCGAGAUACACACCUGGUUACUCUAUACGACUUGAAACUGGCAUUCAUGGAGUUUCUCUAGAGGUCAUCAAACAGGCCCUGCUCUGGAUCGUUAAGGUCCUGAACAUGUCGGACAGUCGCCUUCCAAAGCUGCGGGAAGCGAUGGAACUGUAA